AUGGUCCCUCGUUCCGCCGCACAUCUUUAUCUGUGCAUCAGUACACCUGCACACCUCCCACUUCUUAUCGCCCUUUUCAGAUCUGGUUUGUUAAUGACCACACUUAUUCAAGAUGCAAUAAAGACGAUGGGGGCUCCUGAGAAGCUGGCUGACCAAACAGGGGCCUCGGGCGAUAUCAAAACUCCAACAUCCAUUGCUCUAUCUGCUUCGAUUAAAGAUUGGUGGAACUCGUCCACACAAUUAAUGAGUGCUGAUAUUGGUGCUAAACAAGGUGCCAAGUAUCUUGAAGCCAAGUUAAGGAACCGGAAGAUCGAGUACGACUUGUACCGUUCAAUUCUCUCGGAGGAGGUACAUAUAAUGGAACCUGUAAGCGAUUCCACUACGAUAGUUGAGAUGAGCACGUUUCCACUCGCGUGCCAAAUGAUCGAUGUUGAGAUCGCCCCAGACUUAUUUAUUCAUGAGGUGUACCUAGAGAACAAUGUGGAGCCAGACGCUGAAAAAUCCGAUAUCGUUAUAAUCCAUGGAUACAUGGCGGCACUGGGAUACUUUGUGAAAAACGUUGAAGACAUACUCAAGGCGCAGCCUGGUGUUCGCCUUCAUGUCAUCGAUUUGCCAGGAUUCGGCAAUUCCUCACGUCCUCCUUUCCCUCGAGAGUUGUUAGCAUCGCUUCCCUCAUUGGAGGAACAAAUUUCUCAGAUCUUGCAAGUUGAAAAUUGGUUUAUCGAUAAAAUCGAGGCUUGGAGGCUCAAAAGAAACAUAUCUGCAUUCAAGCUUAUUGGACAUUCUAUGGGUGCCUACUUGUCUUCUUGCUACUUGAUGAAGUAUAAUAACCAAGAGGAUGGAUCAAAACUCGUUUCAGAGUUCAUUGUGGCCAGUCCAAUGGGCACGGAAUCGAGCUAUGUCUCAUUGAUCAAUGAUAAAAAAUAUCAGUAUAAUCAUCACCAAAAGGGCGGUGAUCCCUUAAAGGAGCUUGUCACUUCUCAGAGAGAUAACCUGGUUGAAGUACAGGCAAACGAAGAUUUGGAGAAAUUAUGGGAACACCUAGGACGACCUCGAAUUCCAGGAAGCAUUGUAUUGCGAAAACUUUGGGAAUGGAACAAAUCUCCCUUCCAGCUUUUGCAAACUUUCGGGCCAUUCUACUCCAAACUUCUUUCCUUCUGGUCAUUUCAGCGAUUUCGCAACUUAAAAUCAAACGACGGCGGUGAACAAGGUGUCAACGUAGACCUUAUUUUGACCCUUCAUCGUUACUCGUACAGCAUAUUCAAUCAAUAUCAGGGUUCUGGUGAGCUUGCCAUCACCAAAUUGGUCAACCAUGAAGUAUUGGCCAGACUUCCCCUUUGUGACCGAGGUCUCGUGGAACAUCUAGUAGAGUCAAAAGUCAAGACCUUGUGGCUUUAUGGCGAUAAAGAUUGGAUGAAUUCUAAAGGAGGUCGUUAUAUUUGUGAAAAGUUUGAGAAAAUGGAUAAAGGUUUAGCUUUUCAUCAUACGGUAAAAGAAGCGGGACAUCACAUCUAUUUGGACAAUCCUCCAGAAUUCAAUCGCACAUGUAUAAACUUUUUUUUCAAUUCAACCGACUAA